GGCUGCGCUGACGCUGCUGCAUGUAAAAUUAGCUGGCUGCAGCCUUUCAGGGACACCUCUUGCGGACCGCCGGAGCCCACAGUGCAAUAAAUAUGGCAGCAGAGCUAUCCACUUCCAUAAACAUCAAGGAGCCCCGGUGGGACCAGAGCACAUUUGUAGGUCGGGCAAAGCAUUUCUUCACUGUCACAGACCCCAGAAACGUCCUCCUCACCAACGAACAACUAGCUCACGCGCACAAAAUCAUCACUGAGUACAGGCAAGGCAUAGUCUCCCCAGGACUGACAGAAGAUGAACUGUGGAAAGCCAAAUAUGUUUUUGAUUCGGCUUUCCACCCUGACACCGGAGAGAAGAUGAUCCUGAUUGGCCGCAUGUCAGCACAGGUUCCAAUGAACAUGACGAUCACUGGAUGCAUGAUGACAUUUUACAAAACAACUCCGGCCGUGUUGUUUUGGCAGUGGAUCAAUCAGUCCUUCAACGCAAUAGUCAACUAUACCAACCGGAGUGGCGAUGCUCCAAUCACAGUCAGUCAGCUUGGCACAGCUUAUGUGUCUGCCACCACAGGGGCAGUUGCCACCGCUCUAGGACUAAAUGCACUAACAAAGCACAUCUCGCCCCUGAUUGGACGAUUUGUUCCUUUUGCUGCUGUAGCUGCCGCUAACUGUAUCAACAUCCCACUGAUGAGACAAAGAGAACUUCAACACGGCAUACCCAUAACAGACGAGAAUGACAACAGGUUAGGAGAGUCGACGAAAGCUGCGCAGCAGGCUAUCUCUCAGGUUGUGGUCUCCAGAAUCCUCAUGGCCUCUCCAGGAAUGGCUAUCCCCCCGUUUUUAAUGAACCAUCUGGAGAAGAAGGCCUUUCUGAAGAAGUUCCCAUGGAUGAGUGCACCUAUUCAAGUCAGCCUGGUGGGAUUCUGCCUGGUGUUUGCCACGCCGCUGUGCUGUGCAUUGUUCCCUCAGAAGAGCUCUAUGUCAGUCAGCCGCCUGGAGCCGGAGCUGCAGGAGAAAAUCCGGGCCGAGCACCCGGGAGUGGAGAGGGUCUACUUCAACAAAGGGCUAUGAGCGUGCAGCCCCCACAUCCAAACACUGCCAUAGCACAGCUGCAGGCUCAGUCCUCGCCUCUCUGCCAGCCCUCCUCAUUCAGUGUGCCAAAGUUAAGUUAGUGUCUCCUCAUUUCCUCCAUUCAAGAUGGAUAUCUGAGGACUCCCUCUCUCAGUCAGUCUCUUUGUAACGAGAUGUUUGCUUUUGUCGAUGUGAUCGUUGAUUUUUAUCGUAACUGCUCGAGAAGAUUUUCUCCGACUGGGCCCGGUUGAAAAGUAUGACGUUUAUCAUGACAGAUACUGUAUAGUGGCCCGUGUAAGGUUGUUUUAAGUGGACAUUUUUUUCUGUGCAGUAUUUUUUUUUUUUGAAGUUGGUGACUUUUUCAUACUCUCCUACCUAUGAGGGUGGCAGUCGUCUUAUUUCUUAACUGCAUAAUAAUUGAUUAUAAUCAGAUUUUGACACUGAUUAGUCAAAGACCUCUGCAGUUCUUGCAUUUGCCAAAUCUGUACUCACACCUUUUUCGACCUCAUCAACGAUUACAACCUCCUACUCUGCCAGUAUUAUUUUGAAUGCCAUUCACUUUAACUCACCUUAGUUCAGUUCUUUUUGCCAAAUGAGUGACGUUCAGUGAGCCUUGAGGCCUCCUGACAUCAUUAAUCUGAAGACCAUUCUCCAGGGAUCCACCCUAUAAAAUGUGAUGCUAUGAUUGUGGCAACUAUUGGUGGGCCAACAUGGUGCUAUUUGAUGUCUUAAUAAGCAGCAUUUAUCAUACUACUUAUUCUGCUUGCCAAACACGCGCGAACAAGCCCCUCCUCAUGUGAGCAUCAUGGGGUUUACAGAAAGUAGUUUUCUCUGUAUAUUUAGUCGCACCGAGGCUACACUCAGGAGAGCUGAACGGUGAUUUCACACUGGCUCCCAGCUACCUAAUCCCUAACCUCCAGUAGUUAAUCUAGGAUGAUCACAGUAUUUGAUACCACCAAAAUUCAACAGCUCAUUCAUGCCUUUCACUGACUCACAUGGUAUCUUCUCUACCUUUAUGCAGCAUCAUAAGGGGUUUGAUUAGUAGCGCGCAAAGUGACACAUUUUAGAAGUAUGUGGCAGAUUAAUCAUGCUGUUUUGGAGAUAUUAUAGAACAUUUAUAGAUAUACGUUUGGAAUCUAUGUUAGAUAUAGAUGUCCAUACUGUGGAGGGGAAAUGCCAAAAAUGUUCUAAUGAUAGCAUUUUUCAAGGCAAUGAUGAUAUACAGAAGAAUCCAUCUGCUGUAAAUAUGACUGUUGCCAUCAUGAACCUGCUCUGUGGAGUCAAACAAAGAGUGCACAUUUCCGUUGACUGGAGCAUCAUACAGAAUUAGUUUGACCUCGGCCUGGAGAGUUUGAGGACAGUUCUCAACUAAAACCUUGCAUCAUUAACACCCCCCUGC